GUUUAUCCUCAUUUUACCCCCAGGAUUGCAGCGGGCCGGGAGAGCUCCUACCUCUCUUGUUCUUGGUGCCGCUUCUCCGCGCGAUCUCCAGCUCUCUCUGGAUUCUGUUCUCCAGGAAUUCCUGCUUCUUGGUCAACAUCUCCUCGGUCUCCCUGAGCCGGUGGAGAGCCUCCUGCGGGCUCGGGCCCUGUUUCCGGGAGUGGGAUCGGGACCGGGACGAGCCGGACCCCGAGCCGGAGCUCGAUCCGCUCUUGAAGAUGUUGGAAAUUUUGUUCAUAACGACAAUCCGGCGCCUCGAGCCCGACACAAAAACACAGCUCGCGACCUACUGGAGCACACUUCCGGCUGCUACGCUGUCAAUCAACCGGAGGGCGCUGGGCUGUGUCUGACGUCACUCCGGGAAACGCGCCUCUCAAUCGAUGAGGGGGCGGGGAGUCCGCCUGGUGUCAAAAUGGCGGAGUUGGAGAUUGGUAAACAUUGUGAGGUACAGCAUUGCCGUCAGUUAGAUUUUCUACCAUUUGUUUGUGAUGGAUGUUCAGGAAUUUACUGCCUUGAACAUAGAGGUAAAGAUGCUCAUGGCUGCUCUGGGGUAUGUUUAAGAAAACCAGUGAAAUCUGAAGGAACCUAUUCUUACAAAUGUACAUAUGAAAGCUGUAAGGCAAAAGAAGUCUUGCCAGUAAUUUGCUCACAUUGCAAGAAACAUUUUUGUUUGGGUCAUCGACACCAGUCAGAUCACAAUUGUGAAAAACAAGAGUUGCCUAAAUCACACUUGGGUGUUUCUCAGCAAGUGGUUAAAGAGUCAUUUGCCAGAGAUGCAGUCUCUGUUCCACUGAAGAAAGGUAGAAGAGGUGCAAAGAACGAUGCAACAGCUGCAAAAGUAGCACUUAUGAAGAUGAAGUUACAUGCUGUUGGAGACAACUCCGUACCACAGAGUGAGCGACGAUAUUUCCAAGUUUUUUUGCCAAAAGGAAGCAAAGAGAAAAGCAGCUCGAUGUUCUUUUGUUGCAAAUGGAGUAUUGGAAAAAUGGUGGAUAAUGCUGCUUCACUGUUAAACCUUCGGAAUGACAAUAAUAUUUUGGCAUCUAAGAAAUUGCGACUCUGCCACGGUGAAUCAGGAAAUGCCUUGCCUAUGGGCCAAACUUUGGAAUUGUGGAUAUCAAAUACUGACAGCCCACUAAUCAAUGGAGGAACAAUUAUCCUUGAAUAUUUAGACAAUGAUUGUAUGAAAGUAGAAAACAUAAAUUCAUACAUGGAAUGACAGUUAUUAAAGUGAACAAAUGUAAUCAUUUGUAGGAAAGUACUCUGAAGAAAAUUUAUUCUGUUAUCAUAUCCAAGAUGACCUUUAAACACUGUAAAUUAUACAGCCUUCUUUAUAUUGCUAGCUGUUGUCAUUUAUUUAAGUGUAAAACGUUUUAUUUAGAAUAAAUCUGUCUAAUGUAAUUGUUACAUGCUUGAUGGGUAAUUUCAGAUGAUGUUUAACCUUUCCUCUAUUUAGAGAAAAAAUAAAUUUCCCAAAUUAUGUCUUCUAUAUCUGAUGCUUUUUUCAUCUGGAUAAUCUAUUACUUAAAUCACGUUAGGGACUCUCCUUCGCCAUAUAAAAUUAUGUAACUGCCCUUGGAAUAAUGUGAGAAAAUCUUAAUGUAAAUGUUAAAUUAAAAACGGAGUAUAUAAGAGUGUUACAUUUUAAACAGGUUUUUUUGGCAACUUGGUAUUUUGGAAGUGUCUCUUAAUGGAAUGGGCAGAGAUGACAUCUGAAAGUUUAAUCAGCUUGAUGCAAAUGUCAAAAGGUUAUUUGUUAAAUUACUGGAUUAACGUAAACUAUCAUUACAAGGUUUUACCCCACAAGUCAUGUAAACACU